AGAGCACUUGAUGAAGCUACUAGAUAUGCUUUGGAGAGAAAAACCUUUGGGAAACCAAUUGUUGAACACCAAGCAGUGUCUUUCUUGCUUGCGGACAUGGCAAUGAAAGUGGAACUCGCUCGGAUGGCGUACCAGAGAGCUGCGUGGGAGGUUGAUGCUGGUCGCCGGAACACCUACUUUGCUUCCAUUGCGAAGGCAUUUGCUGGUGACGUUGCAAACCAAGUAGCUACAGAUGCGGUACAGAUUUUUGGAGGAAAUGGAUUUAAUACUGAAUAUCCUGUAGAAAAACUAAUGAGAGAUGCUAAAAUCUACCAG